AUGCGCGAGCUGCUCAACUGCGAGGGCGGCCUCUGCUCCCUCUGGGAGAGGCUGCGAAUGCGCCCACAAUCAGCACCUUUCAAUGGAGACCUCUCCUCGUGUUUGCCGCCCUGCCUGCCAAUCCCUGGUCUUCCUGGAUGCUCGACAAUGUCUGCCGAAGGCAUUGCUGCCGCCGGGGCGUGCUUGCCUGGGUUGCCGUUCUUCCCACCUUGCGAGUCGCUUCUGCUCGAGUACUUCGAUCCGAUGCAGCCGCGCCGGCACCCUGUGGCGCUACCAAGCACUCUCGUGCCAGGGCCAGCUUACCCGCUUCACUCGACUUUGGGGCCAGCUUUCCUUCGGAGUGAAGUGGACCGAGACCUGAGCAGUGGGACGAGGGAAGUCCAAGAUCAAGAUGUCGUGCGAGAGAUCUGGAUUGUUGCCGGUGACGCGUUUAAUGCUGAGUCCUGGAAAGAGUCUCUGGAGGUGUGGUGCAGAGAGAACGACUGCUCUUGCAUGCAGACCGGGGCUCAACAACGCAUCCACACUGCCGAAGCUGUCUCCCAGCUACUGUGCCAAAUAGACGACAGCUCGUUAUUGGCACAUGGCACUCAUGCUACACCUGCAGAAGUUGCGCGGCUGUCCUCUUUAUCCCCUGCGACCCUGAAAGGGGCCUAUCUGCACUUGAUUAUGUCCGAAGUGGGAUGGGGUGCCAUGCCGGACUCACCCUGGGAAGCCGCGCAUGUGAACAGUCUGGACAAAGUACUCUGUACCCUCAGGGCCUUCGUCGAUGGUAGGUCUUUGCAGGAGACAUCCGGCCAUGAGAAGUUUCGCAGCAACUUCAAGGGAAUGCACGUGUUUGGAAGUUUGGACAGUUCCGGGAGCUCUUGCUACCUGCACCUAGAGCCGCAGGUGUUUGCGAAGCAUCUGAAGAGCCUUCAAAGGGAGCUAUGGAAGCUGACUGACGCACAGUUUGUGGAAGCGGUCUUUCGGGCCAGCGCGCAAGGUGAAAAUGGCAUCCGGGUCUCCAGAAGGCCCACGCAGGUUCUGGACAUCCUGGACAAGUACGCCACGACGGGCCCGUCCACGGUCGUGGUUCCGGGCUUAGUCUAG